AUGUUUGAGCUGCAAGAUGCUGAAUCCAAUGCUCAGGAUGAAAAAAUACCAGCAAGUGUAACUCACCCCACAACUACAGUUUCUUGUCAAGAUGGAAAAUCUGAGUUUCAGGUUGGAAAAGACCUGACCCCUACAAGUACUUCAACACACUUAGUCUUGGGUCAAGAGGAUGAGCUCAGUCCCCAGAUUCCUGAGUUCAGACUGGACCAAGGGAUAUCCCGAAGUGAAUGUGAUUCCUCCGCUCUGAUUAUUUCAAGCGAUGAAGAAGUAGAAAGCAAAAAAGAUCCUACUUGCAGAAGUGGCACUAAUUCCUUUCAAGAAAGGACUACUAUAACAAAAUUGGUAGAAUUGCCGAGGCAGGUUAUUUCAGAGCCUGGGAGUUAUGGAGGAACAGUAAUGUCCUGUAAGGCUAAAGAAUCUGAGAAUCUACUAAAGACAAUGCAAGAUGUGAAGAAUGAAUUUUCCUCUGAAACACUGAUGCCUGAUGCUCAAGUAGUAGAAAUUGAUUUUGAAGAGAGUGCAUCUGGUGGUAGUUUCAUUGCAGUGGACAGUGAAUCUAGUGAUGAUGAACUUCCGACAGAAGUGUGUGACGUAUCCGAAGUUUCUACUGAUCACGAGGAAAAAGUAAUUGCUCUGGAGGAGGCUGCCGACAUUGAAAGAAAAGGAGCUGGUGACUCAGAGACUGUCCUGAGAGACAAGGCUGAAGAAGUGGAGUUAGCUAUUCAGGAGAGAGACGUUGGAAAGGCUGUCGAAGAGGCAGCAGAUGAAUGGCAAGAUAUUAAUUUGGAGGAGCUGGAGACUGUGGAAAAAGACCUUUUAGUGGAGCAGAAUGUGCUUCAAGCUCAAAAACAGCAACAGGAACGCAUUGCUUCUACUGUAACUGGGCAGAUGUUCCUGGAAAGUCAGGAACUCCUACGACUCUUUGGUAGUCCUUUCAUUGAGGCCCCCAUGGAAGCAGAGGCCCAGUGUGCCAUUUUGGAUCUAACUGAUCAGACCUCUGGGACGAUCACGGAUAAUAGUGAUGUUUGGCUCUUUGGAGCACGGCACGUUUACAAAAAUUUCUUUAAUAGAAACAAGUUUAUAGAGUAUUACCAAUAUGUGGAUUUUUACUACCAACUAGGAUUAGACCGGAGCAAGCUAAUCAAUUUGGCCUAUUUGCUGGGAAGUGACUACACAGAAGGAAUACCAGCUGUUGGCUGUGUAACAGCAAUGGAAAUUCUCAAUGAGUUCCCUGGACAUGGUCUGGAGCCUCUCUUAAAUUUUACAGAAUGGUGGAAUGAAGCUCAAAAGAGUAAGAUGAGACCUAAUCCCCAUGACACCGAAGUGAAAAAAAAACUCCGACAACUGCAGCUUGCUCCUGGCUUCCCCAAUCCGGCAGUGGUGGAGGCUUACCUCAGGCCUGUGGUUGAUGAGUCGAAGGCACCGUUCUUAUGGGGAAAGCCCGAUGCAGAGAAAAUUAGAGAGUAUCCUUUCAUCACUUUAGUGCGACACCAUUAG